AUGAAUAGACUCUCUGCGUUCAUCGCACUUCUUUGCCUCGUCUUCCUCUCUUCAGCAGCUCCUGCUCGCGCUCAAGUUGACCCCAGCUCCCAGACGUACACGGGCGAUGCCGUCUGCAUCGAUGGUCAAGACUUCUGCCUUUCGGCCAUCUAUUCAGCGAAAGACCAGGCAAUCAAUUAUACAAUGGUCGUCAAGGGCUCAUAUACAGGUUGGAGGGCUGUGGGCCAAGGUUCUAAGAUGAAGGGCUCAAACAUGCUCAUCUCUUGGGUCUACGAUGGCGCCCCUGUCCUGUCCCAUCGAGGCGCGGCAGGAGACAGACUACCUACCGAGGCCAUUGCUCCUGGCACCUUUGCCUCCGGAGGAAACGUCAGCCGCAUCACUUCGGACAGUACCAUUGUCUCCUGGAGCUUCCCCCAGACAUCCGAUCCGGGCAACGCCAUGGCUCACAUCUGGGGUGUCAAUACCCAGAAUGCCCCCGCUAGCAGCGAUUCGAGCUCCAGCUUUAACAAACACAAUGACUACGGAGACUUCAACAUGGACUUCACCAAGGCAUAUGCAGGAGCCGCACCCGCCGUACCUAGUGGCGUGACGGCCUUGCCUGCCUUUGGAGGUGCUGCAGUAUCCGCCAACCCCGCCACUACCAGCAGUGGAAGCAACGGCGCCUCCUCUACGACCAACGGGAAAGCGCUAAGCUACCACGAGAACCGCGUCUGGAUCGCCCACAUGUCCUUCAUGCUCAUCGCAUGGGUCCUCUUGGUCCCCAUUGGAAUUCUAGUCGCCCGCUUUGGGAGGCUCGCGUACAAGUGGUUCCCUGCUCACCGUGCUAUCCAAUCGGUUGCGAUCCUGUUCGGUCUCGUCGGCUUCUUCCUCGCCGUCGGAGCCGUGCAAGCUCAAGGGUCGACCCACUUUAAGAAGAGGCACGAGAAGCUAGGCCUUGCCACUACCAUCCUCAGCGUGGUGCAGGGCAUGUCUGGUCAAGUGGCCCACGUUUACAAACACAAAGCGAUAGCUGCCGGUAAACAGCCAUCUCGCUGGAUCGGAAUUUCGCACAUCUUCGUAGGCUUGACCACUUUUGGGCUUGCCAUUGCAACCGUUGCAACCGGAUUUGGCAUCUGGACCUGGUGGGACCCUCCCAGCUGGACUUCGAUCCCCAUCUUUGUCUGGGCUGCCCUCCUUGCCGCUAUCUACUUUAUUGCCGCUGCUGUCUUGGUUCCCAGAGAGGUGCGCAAGGAGAGAGAAGAGCGGGACGAGCUUGGGCACGAGAAGAGCCUUACCGGUUAG